AUGGUAUAUGCAGGUACAGGCACCAUCGCGGGGGUGUGGUUGAACAUCUCCAUCUCCGUAAUCCCGGCGGAGACACCCCUGGUGCAGCAGGCCCGCUUUUUCAAGAUCCUCACCACCAGCUUCUGGGAUGCAGCCGUAGCGUGCUGGCGCACCAAGUAUCGGGAGCUCUUCUGGCGACCCAUUACCGCCAUCAGGACGCCCCACUUGCGGUCCUUCGCCGCCGACCCCUCCUGGACUCCCCUGUUGAGCACUCCCGCCCACCCCGAGUAUCCAUCCGGUCACCAGUGCUCUUCGGGCGCCGCGGUGUACUUGCUGGAGGCCUUUUUGGGCCGCUCGACGCCCUUCAGAGCGUCUUCGGAGGGCGCCCCCGAGGUUGGGAUUCGCAGCUACCCCAACUUCCGCGCCGCAGGCCUGGAGAGCGGAGACAGCCGUCUAUAUGCGGGAGUGCACUUCAACAAGUCCAAUAUUGAUGGCAUGAAUUUAGGAUACCGUGUCGCGCAGUUCAUUCAUACCAGGAAGUUUAAUUCCGUGACCUUUAGUUCGAGUAUCUGAUUGGAGCUCGUGAAGCUUUUGCCGUGAUAUGGAUAAUAAAUACAGCAUUUGACAUCUUCCAGAUCCUCGGAGUGCGUUGCGACGGUCCCGCGACUGUCACAACGUAGAUUCCGAAAAGGGCGGGCUCCCAAACGGGUCCGGGUUCCAACACGAAUUUUACAUCUACGCCCCAUUUCAGCAUGCCUAGCUAGUAUUGUGGUGCAUUUUUUUAUUUCAGCCUGUGAACAGUUUGCACUUCGCAAUAGUGCGUCUGGAACUUCGGUGAACCCAAUCAUGGAACGGCGCUGGGCAGCAGCGAUGGCAGUCGACAGCUUUCAUCGCAGUCAAGAGUUUUUUGCAUUCAUUUGCCUAUAACGUCCGGUCCGAUGUAUAUUUUUUGCAUUUGUCGGGUGAUAACUUGAUGUCUCGCUAUAAACUAACCCUUACAAGGGCGCGUUUGUUAGUUUGGUUCAACCAGCAGAGGCAGUUUUUGUAUCAAGAGCAUGCGC